GGAAGAAAGGCCGCGUCCCAAUCCGCUGACCGCGGCCUCGGUCUGGGAGAGCAGCAGCCGGUAACGGGAGAGCAGCAGCCGGUAACGGGAGAGCAGCAGCCGGUAACGGGCCGCUAUGAGAAUCAAACCCACUCGUUAGUGUGUAGUCGGUAAAUACACGUCGGUUGUGUCGUCAUACAGAAAACGACUACCGGAGGACUCGAUGUGAAGCAGGGUCUGUUCUGAAUGGAACGCGGCCGGGCUGCCGUCAGCUGACAGUCCGCUCCAUCCGCCGACAUCUUGCCUCAGACCGGAGAACCGGAGAACCGGAGAACCGGAGAACCGGAGAACCGGAGAGCCGCUUCUCACGGUCACAUGGCGGGUGAGUGACGGCGGAGUCGGAGACACAGCUGCGUAGCCGUGACUUCGUUAUGAUCAGCUCUGACUGACCUUUGACAGCCAUGAUCGGAGGACUCUUCAUCUACAACCACAAGGGGGAGGUGUUGAUCUCCAGGGUGUACCGCAAUGACAUCGGGAGGAACGCUGUGGACGCGUUCCGCGUUAACGUCAUCCACGCCCGGCAGCAGAUCCGCUCGCCGGUCACCAACAUCGCCCGGACCAGCUUCUUCCACGUCAAGCGCUCAAACAUCUGGCUGGCGGCCGUAACCAAGCAGAACGUCAACGCCACCAUGGUGUUCGAGUUCCUCUACAAGAUGUGCGACGUCAUGUCCGCCUACUUUGGCAAGAUCAGCGAGGAGAACGUCAAGAACAACUUCGUCCUCAUCUAUGAGCUACUCGAUGAGAUUCUGGACUUUGGUUACCCUCAAAACUCUGAGACCGGAGCUCUGAAAACCUUCAUCACUCAGCAAGGAAUCAAGAGUCAGCACCACACCAAAGAGGAGCAGACUCAGAUCACCAGUCAGGUCACUGGUCAGAUUGGCUGGAGACGAGAAGGAAUCAAAUACAGACGCAACGAGCUUUUUCUGGACGUGUUGGAGAGCGUCAACCUGCUCAUGUCCCCUCAAGGUCAGGUGCUCAGCGCUCACGUAUCGGGUCGCGUGGUGAUGAAGAGUUACCUGAGCGGGAUGCCGGAGUGUAAGUUCGGCAUGAACGACAAGAUCGUCAUCGACAAGCAGGGAAAAGGAGGCAUUUCAGAGGAAGGAGCCAAGAGUGGGAAACAGUCGAUAGCCAUCGAUGACUGCACCUUCCAUCAAUGUGUUCGUCUCAGCAAGUUUGACUCUGAACGCAGCAUCAGCUUCAUCCCUCCGGACGGAGACUAUGAGCUCAUGAGGUAUCGAACCACCAAAGACAUCAUCCUGCCGUUCAGGGUCAUCCCUUUGGUUCGAGAGGUCGGUCGCACCAAACUGGAGGUCAAAGUUGUAAUCAAGUCCAAUUUCAAGUCCUCGCUUCUUGCUCAGAAGAUCGAGGUGAGGAUCCCCACCCCCCUCAACACCAGCGGGGUUCAAGUCAUCUGCAUGAAGGGCAAAGCCAAAUACAAAGCCAGUGAGAACGCCAUCGUCUGGAAGGUGAAGAGGAUGGCUGGGAUGAAGGAGUCUCAGAUCAGUGCAGAGAUCGAGCUCCUGCCGACCAAUGACAAGAAGAAGUGGGCUCGGCCUCCGAUCUCCAUGAACUUUGAGGUGCCCUUUGCCCCCUCUGGUCUGAAGGUGAGGUACCUGAAGGUGUUUGAGCCCAAACUGAACUACAGCGACCAGGACGUCAUCAAAUGGGUUCGAUACAUUGGACGCAGUGGAAUCUAUGAGACCCGCUGCUGAGGAUCUUCAUCCUCAUCAUCAUGACCUCCUCUUCAUCAUCAUCAUCAUUAUCGCCGUGUCCUCAGUACUUGUUGUGAUUACAAACAGAUAUCCUGACUUUAAGUUAAAAAAACACUGAGUCCUACACUUCCCAUAAUGCACCUGGAUAGAGUCUUUGAUUAGAGCCUGAACUACAUGUGGUAUGUCCCUUUAAGAGAUGGAUACGUCCAAACCACUGGUUUACCGAGCAUGCUUUCAGCCCGAAUUCAUCUCUUUUUUACCGUGUAUCCAGAUGUAUCCAAAUUAAUAAAAAAUAUGAAUCGGAACUC